AUGACUGUAGUCGUCAACCCUCACAUCCCACUAGCAUCCGCUGCGGAUCGCGACAAGUUCCUCUUCCUCAUCCGAGACGUAGCACGCGAAACGCAGGAAAAUGAGCCACAAUGCUUGGCCUACUGCUGGACCACUCCAGUAGAAGAAUCAGAUCGCUCCGUGGAUUCCCCAGCCCUGGUUCAAGGCCUCGAAGUGUACGUAUACAUGCACAGCGUCAUUCCACACCCCCUAACAGCCACCAGCUACGCCACCGAAGAGGCCCUCGCAGUUACACAUCGCAACGGCAAGGCCUACAAGCACAUGCGCGAGGUAGUUGCCUCCACCGGUCUAUUGAGCUACCCCAAGGGCGGCGUACCCACGUACCGCCCGGCCGGCGGCGGGUUCCUAAGCAAGCCAGGUGUCCCAGAGACAGUUGGCUCCGAGGAGUAUUUUGUCCUCGUCAAGUAUAUAGUCCGUGGCGGCGAUGCUGUCUCUCGUGUGUUGAGGGAGGAGCGCCAGCUUGCUGAUGAGUUGAAGGGGAACGAGGGCGUCUUUGCGGUUUGGUCCUUUGUUCCUGAGGGUAGAAAUGAUGAUGAGGAGGAGGAGGAGGGGGUUUCGAUUGCACUGUUUAUUCGGUUGAGGGGCGUAGCUGACUAUGCUGGUGCUGUUGAGGAGUGUGUUAGCCAGUUCGAGUAG